UCGUGCGCGUGCGCGCUCUCGGAGGGAACAUUGGGGGGGAAAUACGGGAUGCGCGCGCGUUCCCUGCUGGUGGCGGCGGACACAUUGGCCGCCUCUCGCGAGAGUAGGAGUUUUGGCGAGAGUUUGUGGAAGAUGGCGCCUGUUGUGACAGGGAAAUUUGGUGAGCGACCUCCAGCUAAACGGCUCACCAGAGAAGCUAUGAGAAACUAUUUAAAAGAGCGUGGUGAUCAAACAGUCCUAAUUCUUCAUGCAAAAGUUGCACAGAAAUCUUAUGGAAAUGAAAAGAGGUUUUUUUGUCCUCCUCCCUGUGUCUAUCUCAUGGGUAGUGGAUGGAAGAAAAAAAAAGAACAGAUGGAACGAGAUGGCUGCUCCGAACAAGAGUCUCAACCAUGCGCCUUUAUUGGGAUAGGAAAUAGUGACCAAGAAAUGCAACAAUUAAACUUGGAAGGAAAGAACUAUUGCACAGCUAAAACCUUGUACAUAUCAGACUCUGAUAAGCGAAAGCACUUCAUGUUAUCAGUAAAAAUGUUCUAUGGCAACAGCGAUGAUAUUGGCGUGUUCCUCAGUAAACGGAUCAAAGUUAUCUCCAAACCUUCUAAAAAGAAACAGUCGUUGAAAAAUGCGGACUUAUGCAUCGCAUCAGGGACAAAAGUGGCAUUGUUCAACAGACUUCGAUCACAAACAGUCAGUACCAGAUACUUACAUGUAGAAGGAGGAAACUUUCAUGCCAGUUCACAACAGUGGGGAGCAUUUUACAUUCAUCUCUUGGAUGAUGAUGAAUCAGAAGGAGAAGAAUUCACAGUUCGAGAUGGCUACAUUCAUUAUGGCCAAACUGUCAAACUUGUUUGUUCAGUUACUGGCAUGGCACUCCCAAGACUGAUAAUUCGGAAGGUGGACAAACAGACAGCAUUACUAGACGCAGAUGAUCCAGUGUCACAGCUCCAUAAGUGUGCAUUCUACCUUAAAGACACGGAACGAAUGUACUUGUGCCUUUCCCAAGAGCGAAUUAUCCAGUUUCAAGCCACUCCAUGCCCCAAAGAACAAAAUAAAGAAAUGAUUAAUGAUGGCGCUUCAUGGACAAUCAUUAGCACAGAUAAAGCAGAAUAUACAUUUUAUGAGGGGAUGGGACCUGUCCACGCUCCAGUAACACCUGUGCCUGUUGUGGAAAGCCUACAGUUAAAUGGUGGUGGGGAUGUAGCAAUGCUGGAACUUACUGGGCAGAACUUCACUCCAAAUUUACGUGUCUGGUUUGGGGAUGUGGAAGCUGAAACAAUGUACAGAUGUGCGGAGAGCAUGCUGUGUGUCGUUCCUGACAUUUCUGCAUUCCGGGAAGGCUGGAGAUGGGUCCGUCAGCCGGUCCAAGUUCCAGUCACGUUGGUCCGCAGCGAUGGCAUCAUCUACUCUACCAGCCUUACCUUUACCUACACGCCAGAACCAGGGCCCCGACCCCACUGCAGCGCAGCUGGGGCCAUCCUCAGAGCCAACUCAAGCCUUCUGGCCUCCAGCGACGCAAACACAAACAGCGAGGGAAGUUACACAAACGUCAGCACAAACCCAACCAAUGUCACAUCGUCAACGGCGACAGUAGUUUCCUAACCACUGCUCUUUGUGUGGAACUUCUUAAAAACUGAUGCUCAAGUGCUUCAAACAACAAAACUGAACAAUUUUUGUGGUUUCGUGGGAAAAAAACCUCUUCGAACAUUUAUCACCUACAAGUGCUGAUCUUAGUAGAAGCCACAAUAAACAACACGCAGGGGGAGAAAUGAUCCUUUAUUCAGAAUCUAUUUUUAGUUGUCUCUUUAAAAAUGGGCACGAAAAUAAUAAUAAAAAAGAAGCAAAAGUGGCUGGGAUAAAAAGUUGAACUAGAAAACAUGAAACAUGGACGUAACUUAGUUUUUAUGGACCAAGGAACACUUUAGUAUAAAAGGUACAUUUUCACCAUGCCUUUUUGUAUCACAACAUAUAGUAUGCUUUUGUUACCAAAUAGUUUAUAUUUUAUUUUUUUUCCUCUGAGCAUUUGCUCUGAAGUAUAUUCAGGUUCCAAGCCUCACCAUGCUUGUAUAAUCUAAUUACCAUACUCUUCCAGUUUCUAAUAUAUAUAAAUAUAAAUAUAUAUAUUUUUGGUCUGGGGCUGGAACUGUUGCAUUUUUUUAAACUGAAGUCUUGUGACUUUUUAUGAACGAAAUUUUUUUGUUUUUAUUUUCAGCAAGUAGAACCUUGUAAAGGCCAGCAUAUUUUUUUUAAGAGUAUAUGAAGUUUGUGCAAAAGCUUUAAAAAUGCCUCUGCCUUGCCUGCAAUACAUGCAAUGUGUGUUACCAUUAGAGCUCCCUUCCCAUCAUUGUGGAUAGUUCUUUCUAUGUGUUUGUUUCUUUUUAAAGUAUUUAUAGUGUUGAGUCACGAGGUUUUUAGCAUUACAAAUGUGGCCUCUUGUGCAGUUACCCAUACCGCUCAGUCUACUCGGAUAUGUUGGUGUUUUGAGGGGUUCUUCCCCUCUUUUCAUACUCAAAACAUCCAUCUGAACAUAUUUUCAGGAGUUCUUCAGGUUGGCUUUUUUAUUUUUAUUUUGGUUUUGCUAAUACUGUACAUAAUUUGCUAUCAAGUGUAAGUUAAACGCGUGUGUGAUUUUUUUCCUCUCCUUCAAGUGGACUGUUUCCAAUAACUUCAUUUGGCAGCGUGUUUUGUUUUCUGUCUCGGCGUAUGACAUUCUUCUUGAAGGGUUGGCCACAACCAGGGGUGAUAUGUGUGUCUUUUCAUUGUGAAUUGGGAGCCAUCAUAAACUACCAUAGCAAUGCUCAGUCUUUAGGCCCACUUGCAGAGAUCUGCACUUUUGUAUGAUCUUCUUUCUUUUCCCUUGUCUGAGUGUGAAGUGAUUGUACAGUGAAAUGAUAGUACUUAGUAAUCGUUGAUUGCAAAAGCACUGAUGCGAACUAUUUUCACUCUUUCUAUUUCCUGCCAACUGUCUAGUGCAGUUUUCAGAAUUUCAAAGGUUCAAAUUGCAAGCUAAAUACACCACUAGUUGCUUCUUAUCUCUGGUCGUUUUCAAAGUUCCUUGUGGAAACUUUUAUAGGACCAUCUGUGAAUGUGUCCAACAUAGGCAGGAUUUUACAAGCCCCUUACAGAUAGUUAACUGGUUUUUCCUUCUGGCCUUAGUGCUGUAUCAGAUGCCACUGGGGAGGCUUUCUUACCUUUCAGGAGUAGUUUUCCCAUGGUGCUAUGGAGUUUAUGAAAAGCUCAAGGGUAUGCGUUAGCUGUUAGGUUCACCUGCCACUAUCAUGCCAGUGAUGCAUUGGAUAAGUAAAUUGCACCUAAAUGGAACAUACUCACAAGGCUGCCAUUCCACUUGGAUCUUGUUCAUUGCCAGAUUUCAUUUUCAGAAGAGAAAAAAUGGCUAAUUUGGGCCUUGAGUUGCACUAGACUGCCAUUGUUGGUACUUUUCUUUGGAACUCGUCUUAAACCCCAUUUCCCACCCUCCUUUUCUCAGUUUGAAACAAUACAUUUCCAUUUUGUUUGCAAGCUCAGAAAAAUAUUCCUUUGGUAGGGCACAGUCCUGACGCUUCUUUCUUUCUAAUUGGAAUUUUGGGUAUAUCUGCACUGCCUCUUAAAUAAGACACAGUGCAGUUGGCUGAUAUGCAUUAAAAUCUGGGUUACACAGAUGAGAAGCCUAAAUGAUUUCGCAAAGUGUUUGUUUUUAAAUAAUCAGAACUAUUGUUCAGUGUCUUUUUAGUAAAUUGGGUGUUUUCCCUUUGCAGACUGUAUAGCUAAAGGAAGAUUGCAGCUGCUAAAACAUGUAGUUAAAAAUAUUUGGUUAAACCAGUGCCACUGUCUUAACACAUGUUUUUAUUUCUCACAAUAGGCCUUCAUUUCUGCUGUCUUUUCAUACAGUUUAAUAUGUUCCCAACACCAUAGUUGUAAGCUGCUAGUUUUUAAUACUAGCUCAUUACUGCCUUGCCUCGUUUCUUUUUUCAGUGACCAAGGGCAGGAUUCAUUGUGGCCUUAUCUAGUUUAAGCUGUUUACUGGCAUUACUUGCAAGCCUGUGUAUUUGUCUCUGUUUAAUUUUAUUCCUAUUGUAACGUGGCGGCUACCCCUUCACAGUGUAUGUUAAAAAUAUUUGAGUAUUCCACCGUACUGUUUGACUUGUGAGCUAUUAGCCUUUUUCUGUCUACCUUUGGGAUCAAAACACAUUCAUGUCUGUGUUUUCCUUGCUUUGGGGGAACUAAUAAUCCAAAAACAUAAUGAAUUAAAACUGUUACGAGCCUUUCAACUCUCACAGAAUAUGCUAGAAGACUUGUGUUGACUUUAUUUGCAUAUAACUAGCACCUGAAUCUUUUAAAUCUGCUUGCCAUCCAUUGUUCAGUGGUAUAUACACCAUAUUUGUAGUCAUGAAUCUGGUGGAUAGUACUUAUGUUCCUUUUUACGUUUUCUCUACACUACAGAUGAGAGUGAGAGAACAUUGGGGAGGCAGGGGUGAUCAAUUCAAUAUCUGGCAGGUUGGGUAACCUUAGCAUUUGUAGCUUCUGUAGACCUUUGUUCUCUUAUGUUUAUGAGGAAAACUGGUGAAUUGGCUAUAGUCUUCCAGAGUCUGUGCAGAGAGGUGCUCCUUUGCAGUAACUUCCUUUCCCCAAUUAAUAUCUGGGGAAUCACUGUUAGGGGUACAAUCUAAAGGUGAAGCUUUUGUCCUCAGCCUCUUAUUUCUGGGAAAAGCCUACUGACCUAAAACAGGACUACCUCAAUAAAAGGACAGUUGUUUAAUAAUUAUGAAGACUAGACAUUGUUUCAGCCCCUAAACUUUGUUUAAGGCCAUGUUAUCCAACUGUUGGAAUAAUGUUUUUCUUAGAUAGUACCACUUUGGGCUUCAAAUGAGGGGACUGAAUAAUAUACCCAUAAAAAACUGAUAUAUCUGGAGAAAAUAUUCUGACUAACUUUUCUACCCAUGUUGAGUGAUUAUGCACAAAAAAGUUUUUAUCCCCAUGGAGGUGUAUUCAGAAAUCCAGGGGAAAAAGUUACCACUUUGGCUGAUUGUGCAACAUAAUCUUUACAUAAUUCUGAGAUGUGUCCCAUUUUGAAUUGGGUGAAAUGCCUUAAUUUGCUCUAUUGCUGGUCUUGGGGAGAAAAUUUCAUGGCAUUUUUAACUGGAGAAAAUAAUUAAAAUGUUAGUACUGCUGUUGCAUUGUAAGUCAGUGCUAAACCCUCCAGUCCAUACUUUCUGUAGGUCAGAGUUUCAAGGGCUCAUAUAGGUUGUCUGGACCUUUGUCUCAACAAGUAGAAUGUUUUGAAGCACCACUAGACACCAGUAAGAUCUGUUUCAGACCAAAUAAUCUAAAAGUGACUUCUUUUCUAAAACAAAAUAUUUUCUUUGAUUGCUAAUCAUGCCAUUUACUAUAUGUCCCCCUCCCAAGUUGUUUAUACAAUGAAUGGAAUGUCUGUUUUUUCCUGUGCCACAUGUUUUAAACUUGCUUUCAAAUACUGUAUAUGUGGGAUUGAGUGGCAGCUUUAUGUUAGAAAUGUGAUGUGGCUUCUUUCAUAAUUUCUUGGGACUGAAACGUUUCUCUCUCAAUUGGGCCUGAAGUACCUAGUAGCUCUUCCAACACUGUGAAUGUUCCCCACAAUCCAUCCCACUACAUGAAGUUCUUUUUUUGGCUAUAGAUUGUGUUCUUAUUGUAUUGAACCUCUGAUGGUGAAGCCUUCCCACAAAUAGCCAAAGCAUAGGCCUAGAGAAUAUGGUAGUGCUGGGAGCACAGCCAUCCUUUGUGUAUUCACUUGUGUGUAAAUCUCAUACAAUGCAGUGAGGUUUACAUAAUUAUAGUGUUUGUGACUACCUUGCAUAUUGCCCAGGAGAACAAAAUCAUGUUUUUGUACACUCAUGUCCUCAGUCAAUUUCUGGUCAUUUGAGAUUUUUGCAAGAAGUCGUUUCUCCAUGGGAGCAAUUUCUGUAAUCUUGCCUCCUGACAGAUUAAAUGAACAACCGAGAUGCAAGUCAAAAAGAGUGAAUACACUCUUUUUUGAGUAGUGUGGGAAUUGUCUUGUGCAGCAACAGCUUAAGUUAAAUGAUCUAGACUUGCAAACACCAUAUGGCAAAUGGGCCUCAAAUGUACCUCUGAGGAAGCUUGCAUGUGGUUAGGUUAGUGAUGGUGGAGCAUUUACUGGACAGUACAUCAACUGUGGCCCUUUAGUUAUAAUGUGUUCUUUGAAUCUCUGUGUGUGUGUCUGUGUUUGUACAUGCUUGUUCAGUCCUUAAAGGGUUUUAUUAUUUUCCCAAACUGUGCACCUGUAAAGUAGCAAUAAGAUCAGAAGACUGAUUGAGUCUUCACCAUCAUUUUGUAGGAAAAUUAGUCUGCUCAAUUUCGCAUUUCGUCAAAAAACAGUACGAGCAGCUUGCAGGAAUAAAUAAAAAAGACACGUAAACCAUGUUAAGCGUGUUGUCACGUGUAUACUGUGUAAUUAGCACAUCCAAUCUUUGAUUUUUAAGACUUUUCACUAAGGUUUGUCAAGAAUUAACUUUAAUGUCCUGUUACUUUUUAUGUGACUAAUUCAUAAAAAGACAUGUACAAUGUUGCAAUUAUCACAAAUGUGUUGAAAUUGUGAUGCCCUUCUGCAUAUAUGACAUUGGGUGGGGUUUUUCCCCCUAGAAGGGAACAGAGAGUCAUCUGUGUAAGCAGAAGAGCAAAACACAUCCAUGUAAGAAGUCAACAAUAAUUAUGAGGACCUGUAGUCGAAACUCCAUUCAAACUGGAUAUGAAAUCUCUUAAUACUUGUAAAAACUGCAGAAGUUAGACAAGACUGUUUUUUAUUCCAAUAUUGUAAAUAUGAACUAGUUCACUUUUUGAUAUUAUUUAUUAAAUAAGGAAAAAACAAA